AUUCUCAUUGGCCGACUGAUGUGCCAUUUAAAUCAUUUUCCCGCCUCUAGUAGCGGCGGGGUGGGGCUGUGGCUGAGGAUGCUGUGACGUCAGCGGUGGACAGUCCAUGCCAUGAUGGCGGCGGAGCGGGGCGGCGGUCCCGGCUCUCCUCCCGGAUCUCCUGCCGGCGCCUCCCGGACUGCGGCGGAUCACUCGGUCCUAGUGGUGGUGGGAACGCUGCGGCCCGCGGAGCUGCUGGAGCGGGUACUGCGGCAAAUAGAAACAGGUGUGCGCUGCUGGGCGGUGGAUCUGGACGUCUCCGUUCUGGAUCAACAGCUGAAGCUCUUUGUGUCGAGACAUUCAGCCUUCCUGUCAGAAGAAGUGCGAGGUCAGCGGACUCUGCAGCACAGCGGGGACGUCCUGGACACGCAAGUCGUGGUGAAUCCAGGCUCAGAGUUUGUUUCCUCAGAGGUGCGGCGGCUCGUCUGCAACCCAUCGCGCCGCAAACUGCUGAUUCUCGCCGGUCAGUGUGUUGAGGGCAGCGGCGACAUUGUACUGCAGAAAGGCUGCUUCUCCCUCAGCAACCUCAUCCAGAUUUUUUCUGACGAGGAGGUCGGUGAACUGCUGAGCUCGGCAGGCCCAGCGGUGAAGCCUAGCCUCACCCUCAGCUGUCCAGACUCUGGCCUUUGGAAGGAGCCGGCACUGGAGAAACACAAUCUGCAAGACUUCAUAAACAUCCGGAUCAACCCUCCCCCAGUCCUGCCCGAGAUGGAGGGUUUGCAAGAGUUCAUAGAGUACCUUUCGGAGUCUCUGGAGCCCGAGUCUCCCUUCGACCUACUGGAGCCCCCAAGCACCGUGGGCUUCCUGAAGCUGUCUCGACCCUGCUGCUACAUCUUCCCUGGCGGGAGGGGUGACUCUGCCUUCUUCGCUGUUAACGGUUUUAAUGUCUUGGUGAACGGCGGCUCUGACUCACGCUCCAGCUUUUGGAAACUGGUUCGACACUUGGACAGGAUUGACGCUGUACUGUUGACACACAUCGGCGUGGACAAUCUGCCGGGCGUGAACAGUCUGCUGCUGAGGAAAGUUUCCGAGCAGGACGACGAGGCUGCCGGAUCCCAUCCCGAAGAGGACUGGAUGAAAAACCUCAUCUCCCCUGAGAUCGGGGUGGUUUUUCUCAAUGUUCCCGACAGGCUGAAGUUCGUCCAGGAAGAUCCGAGCAAGCUGCGGAGCUGCGAUCAGGCAGCACUUGCUCUGCAGCACCUGCAGAGACUGGCGAUCAGACCAGAACCCCUGAACCGGCCUAAUGGACCUAGCAUAGAACCCGUUAUCUUGUUCCAAAAGAUGGGAGUUGGUCGUCUGGAGCUUUACACUCUGAAUCCGGUCAGCGGUAGCAAAGAGCUCGAAGCUUUGAUGCAGACUUGGCCAAACAAUGGAUCGAAUGUGAAGCGCUCAGAUCUUCCACUGCCGUGCCUUGUUUCCAUUUGUGCUUUGUUGGUCUGGCACCCGUCCAGCCCUCAGGAGAAAAUCAUCCGUGUGCUCUUCCCAGGGUGCACGCCUCAGACCAAAAUUCUGGAUGGACUUGAGAAACUCAAACAUCUGGAUUUCCUGAAACUACCAGCAGUGUGUUUGAAGGACCUGGAAACAUCCAAAAUCGAAAAGCAACCAAAACGAGCAGACAGUCGAGAAAGCCUUAAGUCCCAGUCUAAGGACGUCAGACCCAGUAGUGCCUUACAGAAAGAUAAACUUGGACGAGUGGAUGCCAAAAAACAAGAGAUGAAAACCAAGCCUAGGGUAGCAGCUGACUCUGUACCUAAAGACAGAAAGGAUCCCGAAGAAAAGCCCAAAACAAAGGAACCAGAGGCUAAAUCGAAGCCAGCGAAAUCUGCUGAAAAGCUCAUUCCAAAGAAAGAGGUUUUAAAAGAAGAGAAGAAGGAAGUGAAGAAGAAAGACAAGAAGGAAGAGAGUGGAGAGAAAAAGAAAGAAGCAACAAAGAAAGAAAUCCCAAGUAUGAAGCCAAAGAAAGACCUCAAAUCUGAACCAAAAAAAGACGUGAAGAGGGACGUGAAGAGCGAUGAGAAGAAGGCAGCAAAGCCAGCCAUUAAAGAAGUGAAGAAAACCACAAGUGCAGCUUCAACAGCAAGUGCAGAAAUAAGAAAACCUUCUGGGAAGAGCAGCACUCUGAAGAAGGAUGGGACUCUUCCCAAGAAAGAUACUUUGAACAAAGGGACGAAAGGCAAACCAGUCUCAAAGGAGCAGGAGACCCAGAAGGAGGUGGCUCGCUCUAAGGUGUCCACACCUGAGGACAUGACGGCUGAAUUUGAAAGACUUCGAUUGGAAGAUGAGAAUGGGAAUAGUGGUAAAAGUGCAAAGUCCAGGGGGUUGAAUCCUGACGAAGUAAAGUCCAACGGGAACCCGACUUCCGCAGUAGAGAGUCCAGAGAAGUUUCGCUGCUCGGAGACCGAUCAUGACAUGGUCACUGCCUCCUCACUGGUCGCUAAAACUCCAAAAGGUGAUCUUAGUGUGAACUUUGAUCUCACCCAGACCACAUAUGAGCCAGUGGACAGAUCCUUGAAAAAUGGACCCGAUGUCUGCAUGGAGGAAAAGACCCUGGAGCUGGUCUCUCCUGCAGAUUCUGCCCCAAACAGUGCUGGACAUACCCCUUUCUACCAGUCCCUCGAAGAGGACAUUCGUGGCUUGGGCGAGGACAGUGGCCUUGAGGCAAGAGGGUCUAGUCUAGGCUUUGAGGACUACAAUCAGGGAAGUUCAUGUAGGACCUCUGACCUCAGCUCCCUGCCUGAAGGUCUGGAAAACUCCAUAUCCUCUCAAGAUAAACAGUCCAGCCUUCUGACCCUCAGUCCUUUUAAGGACAUCAUGCCGGACUCCUCCCCAACCAUGACCUCCAUGCCGGCUGAGGUUGGCUCACCUCACUCUACAGAGGUUGAUGAAUCACUUUCAGUGUCUUUAGAGCAGGUUCUGCCCCCCCCUGUUGCCUCCCCCAAAGUCUGCGCCAACGGCCACGUUAUUGACUUGGACUCCAGUUCUGGGAUAGCCUUGAGGUCUGCCCAUAACGGGUGCUGUGGAAACCGAUCAGAGGACCACAUCCAUGGGAUGUCAGAGGUCAUCUCGGAUGUUCCUCACGACGUUGACCUCUGCUUGGUUUCCCCAUGUGAGUUCCAGCAUCCCAGAACCUCGGAGAACCAUCAGCAGCACGUGAGCCCCGGGUUCGCCACGGGAACCUCUCCAGACGUCUCUGAUAAUAACAACCACUCUCAGGAUGCGAGCAGCAGCGACCACGCCUCAGCCUACAGUCAGGAGACUCCGCCCACAUCAGUAAGCGGCACCCUGCCCACCACCACUGAUUCUGAUAUCCCCCCCAGCACAGAGGACUGUCCUUCCAUCACAGCUGACAUUGAUUCUGAAGAUGAUUCCAGCGGCUUCUUUCCACCCACCCAACCACAGGAACAUCCUACAUCACACUUUACCCACAGGGCAGGGCAGCACGACCCACCGCCAGCGCCGGUCAAGGACCUCCCUCCUCUACCGCCACAGCCUGGAGCCUGUAUGGCUGACUCAGAGCCUGACAAGAAGAGCUCAGCCGGAAAGACAAAGAAACCGCUGCAGAGAAUGUCGUCAGGGAGCACAGUGGCCCAGAAUGGAAGGUCGAAGGUCGGCAGCUCCACAGGGUCCUUAAAGAUGGCGUCCAGCCUCGAUGCCAAGCCCUCAUCCCGGAGUUCACUGGGUGGAUCUAGAAUUGGAGCUGCAAAACCUCCAUCCUCAGGUUCCAGAGCUUCGGGUUCCUCCGGGACUGAGGGUUCUGCGGUCUAUGUGGAUCUGGCCUACCUGCCGUCCGGGACUGCCUCCUCCACUGUGGACUUGGACUUCUUCAGGCGCCUCCGCUCCUCAUAUUACAUUGUGAGUGGAGACGAUCCGGUGAAGGAGGCGGCGAUGAGGAGCAUCCUGGAUGCACUGCUGGAGGGAAAGAGCAGCUGGCCGGACAUCCAGGUGACGCUGAUUCCAACGUUCGAUUCGCUGGCGAUGCACGAGUGGUACCAGCAGACCCACGACAGGCAGCGGGAGCUGUCAGUCACCGUGCUGGGCAGCAACAGCACCGUCGCCAUGCAGGAGGAAACCUUCCCCGCCUGCAAGGUCGAGUUCUGAGGUCGAAGCCCCUUCCCCUUUGCCACGGUUGCACCCAGACCAGCGUGAUGAGGAGGCUGGCUGUGAGCAUGCUCAGUUAGAAACACUUUCUCUCACCUGUGUGACGACAUUUUCUCACCUGCUGGAUCAGCACCUUCAUCUCACCUAAGAGCAAACAUUAGCACGUAGCAUGACAGAAAUUUGAAAAACCGUGUGACAAGUAAACACAAUGGCUUGGGCGAGGCACAGAGGUUAAAAUGAAUCAGUGUUUUAGAAAGAUUUUUAUCAAAGGAGCGUGACGCUGGCAUGAUGUGUCUGUUCAGUUAGGUUGUGUCAGUGUCUUAUGAUUUACUAUUCUCUGUUUAGCCCCUUCCCCCACUUGCCUCUUCGUUUUAAGCUUAUCUCGAGGCAGGGUGGAGGAGACCGACCUGACAAUAACUCGCUGUUUUCAGAGCCGCCAAUUAGAUUUUUACCUCACAGGAAGCACGCUAGGUGGGGUUUAUCUCUAAACUCGUGAGCUUACAAAUGAAGACAUGAAAAGACCACAGGACUAACGAAUCAAUCAGACAAUCUGCUCUCCUUUUCUGUGAGGUAAUCUUCCUGUUUUUGCAAAUGGAGUCUUGCACACAGUCACGGUUCCAGGUAAAGCAGUGAAAACUUUGUAAAUAUAAGAGCUACGUGAACACACUGAAAACUAGGCGAUUUAGGGUGCGUGGCAUAUAGGGGCAGGUAAAAUGGCGACUGGAUCAGAAGCUUAUACACUGCGGAGAAAAUGAACCGACGCCCCUUCAGUGGAGGCUUCUUUGUUGAGAUAUUAAAGUUUUAUUGCAUUUUAAUGCAGGUCGUAUAAACACCUGCUCAUGUCUCCAUCAUCUGAUCCUGGGCUGUGCAAGGCCCGUUAAGCAGUCCGGUGUGAUGGUGGACGCGGGUCAGUCAGAGAACAUUUGAAGAUUCAAGCACGAGAUCCAAAGGUUGAUUCUGUCAGCGACAAAGAGUGUGAGGCUGUGACGGAUAUGAAAUGAAAUUUAUUUUCGGUCAACAACAACAACAGAUUAUAAUUUUACAUAAAAGUACUCAAUCAAACAGACAUAACGUCAACGUUCAGGUGACAUCAGUAAGGCUGAUGUCAUUAAAGAGCCUAAGGGCGACUGGUGUGAUUUGGUGCUGUAUAAAUGAAACUGUAUUAACUUAAGCUCCACCUCCUGGCCACCGUCGGCAUCAUCGGGGCAACGAACCGUAAUCAAACUCGGGUCACGGACACUGAAGUCACCCUCAAAUAGUAUCUCACAUUAAACAAACAGCCUUUUUUAUUGUAGUUGUAAAAUCAAUUGUUCACAUCUCUGAUUGGUUCUGUCUGAUGUUAGGAUGAGAGUUGGUUAGCUUGUGGAUGUGCUCCACUCCGUGACUCGUCUGACCUUUAACCUCAGCGGUGAUUUAAGACAGACCUUGUGAUGUCAUCCGAUUAUCUCAGUGGGAACUUUCCUGUCCCUCAGUUACAGUAAAGCACACAGAGGUCACAGGACUGUGAGCGUGUGAUUAAGUAGUGGCGUUUCGUUCCCGAUAAUCUUCAGAAGAUUGUCAGAGAAACCGGAGAUGUAGUGUCUCUGGUUUCCCUGAUGACGGUAGUUCAACUUCCUGUCCUGAAGGUUCUGGUCCGGUUCUAUUUCCUGCUUUGACCUCAGCACAGAUCUUCCCCCGUUCUUCCUUGGUGUGCUCCAAGUACUACACUACCCACGAGCCUCAGAAGACAUGUCUCAAUACAGUCUGUGAUCAGUUUGACCUUUGAUCCCCUUCCUCGGGUGUUUCUCCCACCGUGAAGAGAAUUGUGGGUCAGACUGCUACCAGCUGAUAGGCUGACGUGCUGCAGUGCGCUCUGGGAAGUGUAGUCCUUCGAGAACCGAUGGAUUUUCUCUCUGACUGAUUUUUGAAAGUCAAAACAUUUCAUCGGUAAUUUAUUUAUUUAAUUUAACAUUUUUACAAAUAAAUCCUCAAACGUGACGUUUGGUACGAGCUGCUUGCCGUCCGUCUCUACCCAAUCAGCAUGGAGCUGAUCGACCGUUAAAGGAGCAGCCCGCUGUGUUCGUCCCACCCAGAGGAGCGACUGAAGAACAAACAGAUGAAGUUCAAAUCCUUCUGUUAUUUUAUCUUUACAGUGAACAUUUAGCUUUUAACUUUUAUUCGCAAAGCUUUAAAUUUAUCUUCUUUUUUUUUUACCCAGGAAGUGAUUUUCAGCUUUUGUUUGUUUGUUUUCUUCAGAUUUUCUUCUUUGUGCCUGCAGACAAUUUUUUAAUCCAACCAAUCAAUGAGCUGGAAAUCAUGAGAGCUGAAAAAAAUGUACUGAUAAUCUCAGACACACACACACACACACACACACACACACACACACACACACACCAUUUGUGCAUUGAAACACUAACUGCAACGAUUGUCUUUCAAAAUAAAUGUCCCUUUCACACAGUG